AUGGCUGCGAUAAAAGCUGUGAACGCCAAGGCUGAGGUGGCGCGGGCCCAGGCGGCUUUGGCCGUCAAUAUAUGCGCCGCCCGAGGGCUGCAGGAUGUGCUGCGGACCAACCUGGGUCCUAAGGGCACCAUGAAAAUGCUUGUUUCUGGUGCAGGUGACAUCAAACUCACCAAAGAUGGCAAUGUGCUGCUCCAUGAGAUGGGCCUGCAUCCUAGAAUAAUAGCUGAAGGGCUUGAAGUUGCAAAAAUAAAAGCACUUGAAGUUUUGGAGGAAAUCAAAGUACAAAAGGACAUGGAAAGAACAAUCCUCUUAGAUGUGGCUAGAACAUCACUACAAACUAAAGUUCAUGUUGAACUGGCUGAUAUUUUAACAGAGGUGGCCCAGAACCUUCAUGCCAUCUGCUUUGGGUUGAUCAGAGGAUUAGUUUUGGAUCAUGGUGUCCGACAUCCAGAUAUGAAGAAACGAGUGGAAGAUGCAUUUAUCCUUACUUGCAACGUCUCACUAGAAUAUGAAAAGACAGAGGUGAGCUCUGGUUUCUUUUAUAAGACUGCGGAAGAGAAAGAGAAAUUAGUAAAAGCUGAAAGAAAAUUUAUUGACAAUAGAGUCCAAAAAAUAAUAGACCUGAAAGACAGAGUCUGUGCAGAACUCGAUAAAGGAUUUGUUGUCAUUAAUCAAAAGGGAAUUGAUCCAUUUUCCUUAGACACUCUUGCAAAACAUGGAAUAGUAGCUCUUCGCAGAGCAAAAAGGAGAAAUAUGGAAAGACUCUCUCUGGCUUGUGGUGGAAUACCUGUGAAUUCGCUUGAAGAUCUCCAUAUAGAUUGUUUGGGACAUGCUGAUCUUGUAUAUGAGUAUACAUUAGGAGCUUUUCAAAAAGUGUGCUUGAGAGGUUGUGUGGUUCCAGGGGCUGGUGCAGCAGAAGUGGCAAUAGCUGAAGCUCUGCUGGUGUACAAGCACAGUAUCAAAGGAAGAGCUCGCCUUGGAGUCCAGGCUUUCGCUGAUGCCUUACUCAUUAUUCCUAAGGUUCUUGCUCAGAAUUCUGGUUAUGACCCACAGGAGACGCUAGUAAAAGUUCAGGCUGAGCAUUUAGAUUCGAAACAACUUGUUGGCAUAGAUUUGAAUACAGGUGAGCCAAUGGUGGCAGCAGAUGCAGGAGUUUGGGAUAAUUACUGUGUUAAAAAACAGCUUCUUCACUCUUGCACAGUGAUUGCCACCAACAUUCUCCUGGUUGAUGAAAUUAUGCGAGCUGGGAUGUCUUCUCUCAAAGGGUGACUGAAUUCAAAAUCAACUCUUCUGGAAGGCAAAAUUUAUUCCCCUUUACAUCUAACUACUAUUGUAUAGCCUGAGCCAAUCUUAAUUUUUACAUAAUAAAUGCAGUAUGUG